UGAGCUCACCAUCAUAGCAACGGAAAUCAUGGGCACGAUUGAUCGUUAAUUGCAACGGAAGUCAUCACUACAGGCAACCAAGAAGGCUGUUUAUCACCGACGCCUAUUUGUUCUUGUCAUUGUUAGAACGGGGAAUAUUUUUUUCACGAAUAAUUAUGGAUUCCGACAUAAAUCCUACUUCCAUUAGCGUUCAGGCUGAUGAAUUCAACAGCUCAAUCGUGGACCAGUCCGGUGUUCUGGAGAAAGACCACCCAUUGUUGGAGAAAUUUCAAGCAGCCUUAAAGGCUCACUUGCUCCGCGUCAAAGAUCAACUUGAAGGGGAGAUCGCCGAGUUGGAUCAUAGACUGGAGCAAAAUGAGAAGGAAUCCGAAGAGGUUGGAGCACGGCUGUACGAUCUUCAGGAAGAGAUCGAAGGCCAGAAGGAGCUUUUGGAUAUCUACAACAAGGAAAUUAUGGAAGUAUCGGCUAGAAGACAAGCUGCCGAACAAGCGGCAUCGCAGUACAAGAAAGAGUACGACGACGAGAAUCGCAAAUACAAAGAGUUCAAAAAGAUCUACAAUGAACAUCUGCAGGAGUUGGAUAAUUUAACAGUGUUGGAGGCGGAAUUUUCCAAAUGGGAUAAAGAAAUAAAAGAUGAGAUAGCGGUUGCAAAAAGAGUUGCUAGCAAGGAUGUCAAGGAUCAACAUGCUGCAACCGAAGAAAAGCGCAAGAAAGACUUGUUGGUGUUCAAUCUGGAUAUUGAAGUGCGUCGCAAGGAACGAGAAUUGGAAGGUAUUGAAGACCAAAUUCAAGAGCAGGAGAAUGCUACAGAGCAGAUCAAUCGUAGCUUGGCUGAUGCCAAUUCUGAUCUGGAAGGGUUGCAACACGAGCACAAACGGCUGUUUCAGGCUUGGGGAGAAGUCAUCGUGGCUAUUCAGCAAAGAGAUAGAGUGUUGUGUAAAACGAAAGACGAUUUGGAGAAUGUUUACGAGGAACAUAAGGUCAUCAAGUCCAAGACCGAUAUUACCAAGAAGACUGUAGCCAAAGAGAUGGAACAAAAUGAAAAAUUAUCAGGAUUUAAGAGCAGAAUUCAGGGUGACAUUAAUGUGCUGGAUAAGCAAGUGAACAAAGAACAAGAAGAAGAGGAUAAACUUUCACGUGAGCUGGAGCACUAUGCUUUAAUUUUGGAGCAGACUGAAGCAGAUAUGCUGAAAGCGCAACAGGAAGGUCUGCUGAUUGAGAACCAUUUGAAAUCGUUACGUCAAACAUUGAACAAGCAGAAUCAGAAAAAGUUCGAAUUGGAAGAACAGAUCUUGGAGUUGUUGCAGGAUCAGAUUACGACCGAUAAAGCUGGAGAAGCUCAAGGGAAGACACUUAGAGAAACGCAGGAGAAGCGACGCGAGCUGGAAAUUUCCAUGUCCGAUACGGAGAAUCAGCUGUCGAUUGUUCUGCUGGAUUUGGAAAAGUGGCGCGGAGUAGUUGAGCGAUCCAAGGGCGAAGUUCAAAAGAUGAAGACUGAUCACGAUUCAAUGGACGCCGAUGCUAGAAAGUACGAUGACGAGAUCAAAACGAUCAAGGAGAUUAUAUCGGCAAAGCUACGCAAGCUGGACGGAUUGAACCGCCAGUUGGAGCAAUUGAUCACCCAGGCUGGUGGCCAAGAGCUCAACCCAGAUGAUCUGAAGCUGCUCGAUGUGCAGCACGAUAUUAUGGAAUUGGAUGCGAAAAUAAAGGAGGCCCAGGACACCUGGUUGAAGUUGCAAAAUAGUGUGGUUAAUCUCUCCGAAAAGCGUGUUCUGCAGUUGAAUGAGAUAAACUAUUCAAGAAAAAAGUUGCUGUUGGUCGAGCAGAAAGCAAUCAAGAUCGAGUCACGUUUGGAGGAAGUUGUCAAUGAAAACCGUGAGAUCGUACGCUCGUUGUCUGCUCUCAAUUCCCGCCUGGAUGCUGUUAGUUUGGAAUUGUUCAAAACCAAAAAAGUACACGAAAAGGAAGAAAUGGAAUGUGAAAUGUCCCAUCAGCAAACCACGGAACGUUUGAAAGAUGCUGAGAUGUCCAUCCUGAACCUGGAGCAAGACUUGAAGGAAUUGGGAAAGGAAAUAGAAGAGUGCAAGCAAGAAGUGUUGGAGAAGCAUCGUGAGGCUUUGUCUUGGGAGACAAAGUACAAAAUGUCCAAUGAAGCGAAAAAGUUCAAGGAAGAGGAGAGCGCACAGAACAGCGAGAUUGGAAUCAUGAAAGCAGAGAUUCAUCGCAUGCAAGUUCGUCACGCACAACUCAAACGAAUGCAGGAGAAGUUAGUCACAGAUUUGGAGAAUACGGUUCACCAUAGGGAACACAUCUAUGAUACGGUCAACGCUAGAGAGAAGGUCUAUGGGAGCAAGUUUAAGUCCCGAUCUACGAUGCAGCACAAAAUCAAUGAGCUGAAAAACAAAUUGAAAGUUGUUUUUGGAGAAAUUACAGAGGCAGAGAAAAACUUGAUCGAAAUCGAUACAGCUAAAAAACUGUUGCAAGCGGAAAUUGAAAAUAAGAAGCAGCAGAUGGAGGAGGAAAGAAUUCAAACAAGUUUGAUAAGGGCUGAGGUGGAGCAAGCCGCCCUUUUGAAACAAGAGAACUUGGAUUAUAUCGUUCGCCAUCAGUAUCGCGCCAGGCGUUAUAGAGCGUUUUCAAAUGCUACUCAUCUUCCGAAAUUCCGCAACGAAAUAUUGAUUCAAGCAGAUUUGCAACGUCAACGGGAGAUAAAUGAAAAUAUUGUGGGCAUCAUCGAAAAUCUUGUCCUGGACUUUCCAAAUCAGAAAUUCAACCUUUCCAAAGUUUUACAAACUUUGAAAUAAAUACAACCAAAUGACCGUUCUGUGUGUUUUCGGAUAUUGAAGUGUUUGCUGUAAUUGAUUUUUUUUUGCGAGAUAUAAUUUAAUAAAACUUCAUGAUUGAUCAACAAUACA